GGGGCCUCGUCUGGUUUGGAUCCGUUGCUUUUGGCGGGAAGAAGAUGGCGGCGGCGGAGCCGAAGGAGAAGGAGAAAGAAAAUCGCGCUCCUGCCGCGGCCCCUCAGGGUAAAAUCGGCCGCGAGCAGAUCCUGGACUACGUGGUCAAUCAGUUCCUGCAGGCGCUGGACGCCGGCGGGUGUCGCCUUUUCUCCAAGUGCUACAGCUGCCUCUACAAAGCCCAUCCUGAAUUCACAAAAUGUAUUUAUAAUCAGUUCAUAUCCCAUCUGCAAAAUUCUGUACGGGUGGUCGUUCUGCCACACACCACUGGACUGCCUCUGUCUCCUCAGGAAGAGAUCCAGGCCCUCAAGGAGGAAGGGAACCUGCCGCUGCUCCUAGAGUCCCUGGAUAAGCUUGAUAAAGAAGCGAAGGACAAGGAAGGCCCUGCCUGGCGCCCGAGUGGCAUCCCCGAGGAAGAUGUUCGCGGGGUGGUCCUGCCCUACCUUCUGAAGCAGCGGAAAUUCCUCCAAAAAUCCCUGAAGGAAAAGCAGGAGAGCAACUCACAGCUGGCUGCUGCUGUGGUGGCCGGUCGGCAGAGGAUUGCAGAGCUGCAAGAGCAGAUCCGCCGGCAGAAGGAAGAGUGGCAGGGGACUGCUGUCGAAGGCCGGAAGAUGAUGGAGAUCUUUGAUGAUCUCUCCUGAGAAGAUCUGGCUGCUUUUUGGGGACAAGGAUGUGAGGGAGACCUCAGAGAGCCAUGCAGUGAGCCUGUGAAUUUUCUGCCAGAUUUCCAGAGCAGCCAAUCUGCGGAAGAGGGCUGCUCUCUCUUGGCUUGACUAUGGGGUGGGAGGCUGGGGGUGGGGUGCAUGU